AUGUGUUGUUCAAGACUAGUUUUAUCUUUCUGUUUCAUUCUCUUCCAUGCUGUUGCUCUCACGUUUGCCCAAGACCCUUACUUCUGCUUUGAAACUGGUAACUACACAAGUAACAGUACCUACAAGGCAAACCUCAACACCCUCCUGGCUUCCAUGUCUUCCAACACCGAAAUAGAUUACGGGUUCUACAAUUUCUCCGCCGGAGAAGGCUCUGAAAAAGCCAACGCGAUUGCACUUUGUAGAGGAGAUAUCUCUACGGAGGAAUGCCGAAGUUGUGUCAACAAGUCAAGUCACGAUCUCUUACACUAUUGUCCCAACCAGAAGGAGGCAAUCAUAUGGUUCACAACAUGUAUGGUGAGAUAUUCGAACAAACUCAUAUUUGGUGUUAUGGAAGAUAGCCCUUUAUCUGCCUAUUACAACACAAAGAACGUGUCCGACGUAGAAGGGUUCAACAAGGUGCUAAAACCCUUGUUAGAUAGGCUAAGAAUCCGCGCUGCAUCAGGAAGUUCUACUCGCAAGUUUGCUGUGGGAAGCGCCGCUGCCCCAGAUUUUGAAACAAUACAUGCACUUUUGAUGUGCACCCCUGAUUUGGACGAGCUGGAAUGCAGCAACUGCCUGAGGAAGGCAGCGGAAUAUAUUCCAAAAUGUUGUGAUGGAAAGCAGGGAGGGAGAUAUAUAGCACCCAGCUGUGAUUUAAGGUACGAGGUAUACAGUUUCUAUGACCCUGCAGCUGAGACGACAUCUUCAGAAGGAAAGGAACGUCACUCAUCUAAAACUGCAGUCAUUAUAGCUGUGCCUACUGUUGUUCCUGUUUUACUAAUCAUUUGUAUCUACACCUUCUAUUUAAGAGUGAGAAAGCCAAGGGAGAAAGAUGAACGUAAGUCAGAAAUUGUGGAUGAAAUGAGUAAUGCUGAAUCAUUGCAAAUCAAGUUCAGCAUGAUUAAAGUUGCUACGGAGAACUUUUCUACUGCAAAUAAGCUUGGAGAAGGUGGAUUUGGUGUUGUUUACAAGGGUAGAUUUUCAAAUGGACAAGAAAUAGCUGUUAAAAGAUUAUCUAGCGGAUCAGGGCAAGGAGAUCUAGAAUUUAUGAAUGAAGUCCAAUUAGUGGUUAGGCUUCAGCACCGAAAUCUGGUAAAGCUCUUAGGGUUUUGCUUGAAAGGAAGUGAGAGGCUUUUGGUCUAUGAGUUUGUACCUAAUGCAAGCCUUGAUCACUUCAUAUUUGAUCCAAUCAAGCGUGCCCAAAUAUUGAAUUGGGAUAGGCGGUACAAAAUUAUAGAGGGAAUUGCUCGAGGGCUUCUUUAUCUUCAUGAAGAUUCUCGAUUUCGUAUUAUUCACCGGGAUCUCAAAGCUAGCAAUAUUCUGUUAGAUGCAGAUAUGAAUCCUAAGAUUUCCGAUUUUGGCACAGCAAGAUUGUUAGAUCAAACUCAAGGCAAUACAAAGAAAAUCAUUGGAACCUAUGGAUACAUGGCUCCGGAGUAUGCAAUGCGUGGAUACUUUUCAGUAAAGUCCGAUGUAUUUAGUUUUGGGGUUUUAGUUUUGGAGAUAAUAAGUGGGCAAAAAAAUAGUUCUUUUGCUGAAGGAGAAAAUGUAGAAGGCCUUCUAAGCUUUGCAUGGAAAAAUUGGAGGGAGGGGACAGUUUCAAAUCUUGUAGAUCCCACAUUGAGCUCCAGUUCAACAGCUGAAAUAAUGAAAUGCAUUCACAUUGGGUUACUAUGUGUUCAAGAAAAUGUUGCUAAGAGACCAACAAUUGCUUCAGUCGUUCUCAUGCUUAGUAGCUACUCCCUCACUCUAUCAGUCCCAACAAAACCCGCAUUUCUCAUGUACAGCAGCACUAGACCAGACAUAUCAUCCCAAUCGCAAAAUAGCUUAGAGGUUACAGAAUCAGAUCCGUUAGUGUUAGCUCUGUCCCAGCCUUGA